AUGGCAGAAGUCGACUCGGAAGAAGACAAAAUCGCCGUGGUAGGCCAUAGCGGUAUCCGUCCCGAUACAGACAUCCGGCUCAUGGCGCGACCUAGGACCCCAACUAUUACAGCGCACACGAUGACUAUCUGCCAAGUGACUUUCAGUCCACUACUAAUGGAUGCGCAUCCCCAGGGAGACGACAUCGCUCUCCUCAAAGAUCUACAGAGGAAUCAUGGAGAAUGGGCGACGAUACGACGAUACCAAACCUUGAAGGAAGGCGAAUACUGGAGUCCCGCCGAUGAACAGCAGUUCGAAAGCAACGAAGCAGGCCACCUUGUGUAUCUGGUAGUUGACUCACAAACGCCAAAUCCGCUUUUCCAAGCGCCAGUAACCAAACCUAAAGUACGGAUUUUCUCUGACUGGGUCCAUAUUUUGGACGUCGGAACUGGUCGAGGCACUUGGGCCAUAGAUGUCGCUGACUCGUUUCCAAAUGCAACUGUUCGAGGGGUGGAUCUAUAUCCACCACCGGAGACAUGGCUCCCUCCAAACUGCAUUAUGGAAGUGGACGACGUCUUGCAGGAGUGGACCUGGCGCGACCCCUUUGACCUCAUUCACCUCCGUCAGAUGAUGGGAUCUUUUACUCCCGAGGAAUGGGGCAAGUUUUACAAGCAAUGCUACGAAAAACUAACUCCAGGAGGCUGGAUCGAACAACUCGAAGGCAAUCCACGUGUCCGCUGCGACGACGCCAGUGUACCCGACGACAACCACUCCCUCUAUUUCGGAAAACUCUGUUGCGAAGCGGCAGACAAUUGGGGCCGUCCGAUCACAUGGGCAGACCAGAUGAAAGAGGAAUUGCAAAAAGCGGGAUUCGUUGACAUCCACGAGAAGAAUUACAAAUGGCCGAUCGGCCCGUGGCCCAAGGAUCCGAUUCUCAAGGAAGCUGGCAGAUUGCACUAUCACCAGUGGACAUCGGGAAUGGAGGGAUGGGCCAUGUUUUUCUUGACCAAGUACGGCGUGCCAAAGCCGUGGACAAACGACGAGGCCCAGAUUCUGAUGGCCAAGGUCCGCAAGGAGAUCUUCAAUUCCCGUCAUCACUUCUACCAGGUUGCGAAACGCGUGUGGGCUCGUAAGCCUACGGCCGAAGAAGCAGCAGCUCUGAAGAAUAAGAACAAGGACAGACCGGAGGAGGCUGAGACGAGCCGAGAGCCAGAAAUCAAACAAGAGCGCGACUCAGUCUAG